AUGAUCAUGUAUGAAGACCAGUCGGUGGAGGUGACCUGUGUGCACGGGGCUCGGCUGCAGCUGUCGCCCUGUGGCUCGGAGUUUGUACUCUUGAAGGACCACGACCCCACGGCUCUAGUGCCCAGAGAGAGGCUCCGCCAGAGGACACGGUUCACCAUCAGUGCAUAUAAGGUACUUUUGACAACUGCUUUGACUUUUCGUAAUAAGUACGCAGACCAACCUUAUCUUCCAGAAGAACUUAUACCGUAUGGCCAUAAAAAGUAUUUUUUCAGUCAUAGCUCUGAAGUGCAGUGGUCUGUCACUUGUGAUGCUGAGGUUGGACCUGGAGGUGAAACCAUUAUCAGCUCUGGAGAUGGGAGAGCUGUGCUGAAGCUUUCUCCCUGUGGCGAAGACUUCACUGUUGAAUUUACAUGUUCUGUCAGUCAUAAUGAUAAACGACAUAUCCAACAAUCGGUUUCCACUAGUUCUGCAGACAGAAUGGCCAAAAACGGACCAGUAAGAUCAAGAUCCAGAUCUCCUCUGUCAAUAAGCAAAGAUAAUUCUGAGCCAGAGAAGAUGUUUCAAUCCGUCACUGUGGUACAACAUCAGUCAUGUUGUGCUGCUCCUGCCAUAUGGGCCCACCCCCUCUCUUUGGCAAAGAAGCAUGUUAAAGCUGAUGACAGCCCAUCAAAAGCAGACGUCACUUCUAAGCAUUCUGGUGAAGCCACAAUCCAACUUCCUCAGGCUCUUUCUCUCAGCUGUUCAAUGCCCCACUGGCACAGAUGGAGGACUUUGGCUGAAGGAAAAAACGAUGAGCCUCAUCUUGUCGGAGCAGAACUGGUCAAAGUGAUGUGGUGCCAAGGAGUUACCUACAGGAUUAUAGGUGGUACGGUACCUGUUGUAGAAGUGUCUGUAGGAGAUGGUUCAGUCAUCCGAUCCAAAGGCAUCCUGACGAGCUAUUUUACCCACUACAAACAUGAGCCGGUGUCAGGAAAAGUGAAAGAAAUCAUCUAUCACACGCAUGGCCUUCCACCUGAUGUACCUGGACAAGUGUACUCCAUAUGCUCCAUUGUCAGUCGUGCAAGCAGAAUUCUUACUUGUUAUAUUGAGGCCAACCAAUCUCUCAAGUGUCCCGCACCUAGCUGUCUACACAAGGAUAAACCGAUUGUUCAUAACAGAACCAAAUCUGUUGAAACCUUUACCACAUGCAUGACUGAUAGAAAAGAAGUUGAGGAUGGAUGUUACAGGUCAGAUAUUGUGGAAGAAGAGCUUAAGAAGAUACAACGAAUUAAUUCACUAUUUUCAGAGCUCAGAAAAACUUUGAACAAGAUGAAAGAUCUGAAACUGAGUCCAUCCAGAAACCACUGA